AUGGCGAAAUCAAUAAAAAAUGAUCAUUCGGUGGCUUAAAAGAGACACAUUUGAAGGGCACAGGGAAUAAAAGAUUUCAACCUAUCAAAAAGCAUCCAUUAUUAUAUACAUGAUUUCUGAUAGGUUGAAAUCUUCCAUCAUUCAUCUCACCUGCUCGCAUAUAAUUCUAAAUUCAUGUUCACCAUCAUUUCAUUUUGAGUCCCAUGUUUAUGUUAAACAAUUUGGUACAAUUGAGGUAAAAGCAAGAAAGAAAGUUCUAGUGCAGGAAUAAAAAACAGACCCUUGGUGUCGGCCCAGGUGAAUGACCACGAGCGAUUCGUGACUUGAUUUGCAACAUUGAAACAAGUUCGGCAAAUACUCCUCACACACAGGGCUCCCGCUUGAUCCCUCUUCUCUAAUUGUGUUAUUAAGAUAAAUUCAGCGACGGUUUGCUCGUCCAAUGCGUCGAUCACGAGGGUGAAACUGCAAGUGCCGACGACCGCGUCGAAGAUAACCCCUUAUUCCACGGUUUACAUCACUUCUGUGAGUCUUAAAACACUAAUUGAGAUUGCAAAGAUCUUUAUAGAUAGGAGCCAUUAGUAACAACUGUAUUUUCUCUCUUGGCAAAGAACUUUAAUUAAUUUAUCUCUACGCCAUACAAUGGCCGAGUCCAGUGACUUGGAUCGGCAAAUCGAGCAGCUGAAAAAAUGUGAGAUUAUCAAGGAGGCCGAGGUCAAAGCUCUUUGUGCAAAGGCACGAGAGAUUCUGAUCGAAGAGAGCAAUGUACAACGUGUUGACUCACCUGUGACAGUUUGUGGAGAUAUCCAUGGACAAUUUUAUGAUUUGAAGGAACUAUUUAAAGUAGGUGGAGAUGUACCGGAAACAAAUUAUCUUUUUAUGGGAGAUUUUGUGGACAGAGGUUUUUAUAGCGUUGAAACAUUUCUUCUUUUACUUGCAUUAAAGGUCCGUUAUCCUGACAGAAUUACUUUAAUAAGAGGAAAUCAUGAAUCACGGCAAAUAACACAAGUUUAUGGCUUUUAUGACGAAUGCUUACGCAAAUAUGGUAGUAUAACAGUAUGGCGGUAUUGCACAGAGAUAUUUGAUUAUUUAUCGUUAUCUGCUAUUAUUGAUGGCAAGAUCUUUUGUGUUCAUGGUGGAUUAUCACCUAGUAUUCAGACAUUAGAUCAAAUUCGAACCAUUGACAGAAAGCAAGAAGUUCCUCAUGAUGGGCCAAUGUGUGAUUUACUAUGGUCAGAUCCUGAAGAUACCCAAGGCUGGGGUGUAUCGCCGCGUGGCGCUGGUUAUCUUUUUGGUAGCGACGUGGUAGCACAGUUCAAUUCUGCCAAUGAUAUCGAUAUGAUAUGUCGAGCGCAUCAAUUAGUAAUGGAGGGCUACAAGUGGCAUUUUAACGAGACUGUAUUGACCGUCUGGUCUGCACCAAAUUAUUGUUACAGAUGUGGCAACGUCGCUGCAAUACUGGAACUAAAUGAACAUCUGCAGAGAGAUUUUACGAUAUUCGAAGCGGCACCGCAAGAAAGCCGUGGAAUACCCAGCAAGAAGCCACAAGCAGAUUAUUUUUUAUAAACGCUGUUAUAGAGUAUAAAAGAAACCAUCAGAAUCAACUCAGAAUUGAUUUGAAGCAUUUGCUCUCUCUCUUUCUGUUUCUCUCCCCGCCUCCCUCCCUCACCUCUCCUUCUCCCUUUCCUCUCUCUGUUUUCACGCGUAAGCAUACACAUACACACCCACCCACCAGCUUAUAUUGAUGUGAAGAAGAGUAACUAAAAAUGAGUGACACGAAAAAGAUAAUUUACUAUUAUUUUUGACGAAGAUUUCCAUGAUUACGUUGGACCGUUUACUGCAAAUUUGGAUGAAACUGUGACAGUAUGUGUGACUGUAAAAUAAAAUAAAACUCAUCUUUCAAAUUUAA